AUACAUUGAUAUUCCCUAAUGCUUUCUAAACACUAUUUUGGCACCCCAGUUUCAAACUCUCUGCUGUCUUUUUUCCGGACAUGUAUAUAACUUCUUGAGCCCGGUUCCAUUCCAACCCAAGUAUCGUCAAGCUCAACAGCCUUAAGAUUUCCGACGAUGUCUUGUUUGGUUCUGGAGUUGUUCUCAAGACAUGCAGACGACGCGGCGGGAGAGGAACGGUCGGGAGAGGAACACAAAGGGUGCGUAGCCGCCAGCGACCAAGAAGCCGCCAGUGCCGUGGUCGUCGCUGUCUAAAGGGGGCGGUAUUGUUAGAGUCCCACAUCGGAAAUAUGUGGGAACAAUUGAGUCAAUAUAAUACCAUGGACACCCUCCCCCAACAAGCUAGCUUUUGGGGGGAAUGUAACUGUCACGGCAGAAGCUUGGGCAAAGCUCGAAAUCCCGGAUGGGGCUGUGAUCGAGAACAAGGACAUCAAUGGUCCUGAAGAGUUGUGAAGAAAUUUAGCCCGUUGUGAGACUUAAGCUUGGAAAAAGGUCACUGAGUUGCGCUUUGCAGAUUAUGAUUCAAGAGUUGAGCUUGAAGUCAAAUCUGGUCCGCUGCCUACGAAUGUCAGUUGUCAAGUCUCUGCUUAAGGUGAUUGAGAAGUUUCCGCACGUCAAGCAUUACAGAGAGUUCAAAGUUCCUUUGGCUUUGGAGUUGGAUGUCCGAGAUCUUGUCAAAAGCCACUUCGGUGUAUCUUACUUCGACAGUAUCCUCCUGGCCAUGGCGAUGUGUUCCCAUCCCCAAAUGAACCGGAUACUUUCUUGCAGCAGAGAUAGAGGGAGCGACGGAACGGGCAUGGAGGAUCCUUCAAACCCCAAACCGAACCCGAGCAAUCACCACCUUCCACAAUGCCCGACUCCACCGCCGGCAAACCCCGGUGCUGCUGCUCCGGCGCCGGCGCCGUUCCGGGGUCCGUACCACCGGAGAGCCCACUCAGAGGUGCAAUUCCGGCUCCCGGAGGACCUGGAGCUUUCGGACCCAUUCGGCGGAUUCGAUGACCUCGGAUCCGCAGAUGACCUCUUCUGCUCGUACAUGGACAUAGAGAAACUCGGAUCCAGAUCCACAUCAGCAUCAGCAUCCGAUUCGGCCGGACCUUCUGCUCCGAGACCUGACAACCUGGUCCCGGUGGAAAAUGAAGGCGGAGGCCGGGACGAUGCCAGAAAUUCGAAGCCUAGGCACAGGCACAGCCUCUCCGUUGAUGGCUCUUCGACAUUGGAUUCGAUCGAAGCCAAGAAAGCCAUGGCCCCGGACAAGCUCGCCGAGCUCUGGGUCGUCGACCCCAAAAGGGCUAAAAGGAUAAUUGCAAACCGGCAGUCGGCUACCCGCUCGAAAGAGAGGAAGGCUCGGUAUAUAUUGGAGCUCGAGAGAAAAGUCCAGAUCCUGCAAACUGAAGCUACUACUCUCUCUGCACAACUCUCCUUGUUCCAGAGAGACACGAAUGGGUUAUCGUCUGAGAAUACAGAGCUCAAGCUUCGUUUACAGGCCAUGGAACAACAAGCCAAGUUGCGAGAUGCACUGAAUGAGGCACUGAAGAAGGAAGUCGAGAGGCUGAAAUCCGCCACCGGAGAAAUGUCACGUUCUGAUGCCUAUAACCUUGGAAUAGCAAUGGGCUGCAUGCAAUACCCGCAAUCUUUCUUUCAACGUCAGCCUCAAGAAUCGCAAUCCGACGCUCACAACCUGCGAAUGCCUCCUCAGUUUCUCCUCUUCCAACCCAACAACAGAAUGCCAAACUCGAACAUAAUAACAUCUUCUUCAUCUCGCCCAUUACCCUCUGCUCAUCAGCCAAUGCUCGUUACUGCUUCAGGGCAAUCACAUUCAUUUUCGGAGGCAAUGAAGCAAGACCCUCUUGGCCGGUUAGAGGAUCUUGACAUUGGUAGCUGUGGCAGAGUCUCCUCUUGCUUCAGGAGGUCUGACUCGGUCAGCGAAAGCAGCAGCGCCAUGUGAGCCAAUAUGGAAUAUUUGGGUUUUGCAUCUCCUGAAAAACCCUCCAUAUCCUUUUGUCGAUAAACUAUUCUUUCACUCACCCGCCCCCAAUGUGGUAAUUUCUUGAUUAUGUCUGAUUCUUUCUGUAAACUGGUGUUUCUAUUCUCACUUAUGAAUUAGAGACCAUAGGUGUUUAACUUAUCUGACUUCCUGAGCUCCGAUUCGUCCUGAACCCCGUUCAUGUGGGGAAGCCAGCAAACAAGAACCGAAUCUCUCGUGUGUUCUGUGUUCUUGCUGAACAGAGAUCAUCUCCGUUUGGUGGUUUUCCAGGUGCUUCUUCCUUCAACCUCGUAGCGAUUGUUGUAUCUGUUGAAUUUGGAUUUUGGUUUAGCAGAACAGAAAGUGAUUGCAGGUCUCAGUCCAAAAACAUAAGUUUGCUGGAUUUUUUUUCCCGGGAAAAUUUUCUGGGACUGUCUUCA